AGAAGGCUGGCGGCUGGGUGCGUAGGGACACGUUGGGGGAGCCUGCGGACUGAUCGUAAACUCCUUUCAGCCUGUAAGGUCUCCCGUCGGGGCACCGGAGCAGACUGCACUUCGGGUCCUGUGCAGAUGACGGCGGUUGCCUUGAGCGGGACGAGGGAGUGAGCGGGCGGAGCGAGCCAUGGUGACGCGGUGCCGGUGGGCCCUUGCUCUGGUGCUGACCGCCUCCGCCCUGAGCCUGGCGAGCGGCCUGUCGUUGGCGGAGGAGGAGGCGGAGGUCUUGCCGGCAGAGUGGGCACUGCUUCACGUGGUACAGGGCCAGAUUGGCGCCGGCAACUACAGCUACCUGCGGCUCAGCCACGACGGCAAGAUCGUGCUGCGGGUGAGGAGCUUGAGGGGCGACGUUGACCUGUACGUCUCCGACAGCAACCUUCACCCCAGCUUCGACGAGUAUGAUCUUCAGUCGUCCACCUGCGGCCAGGACAUGGUGGCCAUCCCCCCUACCUUCCAGCGGCCGGUGGGCAUCGCCAUUUACGGCCACCCCUCCUACAUGGAGAGCGAGUUCGAAAUGAGGGUCUAUUUGGACCGGACAGAGCGGCUGGACCACUUCGCCGAGACCAACGCUUACUCCUACUCCGAGGCCUCGGCCGGCAGGAAGCAGACCACCGGGAAGGAGGAGGAGGAAGAUGAACGGGAGGAGUCGGUGCUGUGGACGGUGCUGAUCGGAGUCUUGAAGCUGCUCCUGGAGAUCCUCUUCUGAGGGGUGAGGGGUGGGUGGGGGGGGAGGAGGAAUGGUGGGUGGAGGAAGGGGAAACGGGGCAUGUUUAGACAUCGCUUCAGUCGUUAAUGGACAGAAAGACUGGGAUCAAUGGACUUAAUGCCAGUCACUCAAUGGAAAGGGUUCACCCACCUGAUGUUCCCACACGUGUACCACUUGCCCUGAAAAUGUUGGUGGUGAGGUCGGGUGGGGGGUGCUUUUUUCCACCCUUGCCUCAAUUCUAACCGUUUUGUGGCCUGAUUUUUUUGUUCUUGUUGUUUUGAUG